AACAAGUGCAGCCUUAUACUUUAUAACACCUAUCUCCAUUAUCACUACCAUACAAAAAGUUUUAGCAAACUGUUUCUCCGAUUUCUCUUCGUUUUAUCUCCAAUUGUCGACGCAAAAUUUGUAUCAAUUUAUCAUCUACAUCAAAAGGGAAAAGGCUGUACCAAUUUCAGAUCUGGUACUGUUCUCGGGUUUGAUAGUUCCCACACGAAGCGUAUCCGAUGCUUUUUCACUGUAGGAAUCCAAUUUUCUUUGAUUUUGAAUAACAUUUUUCUCAGAUCCGACAAAGUCCCAUUUUCCGAUUGUUUCGUUCAACAAUUAACAAAGUUCCAUAUGCCCUUUGUUUUCAUCAGUUUUCCAUUUGAAAUUCGGAUUCCGAGAAAUCUCAUUAUCUACCGAUAAACGAAGUUUCACAUCGUUAAAUUCCCGAGAAAGCCUAUCACGAAGAACCCUAAAUCCCGUCUUUUCCUUUUGUUUCUUUUGAUGAAUUUCAAAAUUUAUUAUAUUUUUUCCCAUUCAGUCGUUAAUGGACACCGUUGGCGGUGAGAAAAUCCGGGGUUUUCAAAGAAUUAAACAGGAUGACAGUACGAACAUAAAUACUGGCGGCGGCCGGAACAACCUUGCUGGCCUAACGUUAACCUCUGUCUUGAGCGACAGAAGAUUACCAUCGCUCGGUUCGGAGGUGUCGUCACCGCCACGAAUCCAGUCUUUUCGAAAGUAAUUCGAAUAGUUGUCACUCUUUUCUCCCAAAUGAUCCGAACAACUAAAAUAAUCCAAAAUUUCAUAACCUUUCGUCCUCGCCAUAUCGACCUUCAGACUUUAACAACAGCUGCCGUCGGCGUUUCUACUUCCGACACCAGCAGCCAUCCGCCCCUUGCCCAGCCAAUAACACCGGUGAAUCAAGCCCACCUUCUCAGAGUCUGCACAAUCCUCUAUCAACAGCAAAACUCCCCCGAGCCGAAACUCCACAAUAGCCUCACCAAAACCCCCUUCAAUCUCACCCACGAGUUUUUCCUCCAAGUCUGCAACAAUUUUCAGUAUUCAUGGCGACCCAUUUACAGAUUCCAUCUAUUCUCCGUUGCACAACCUCAUUUCACCCACUCCUCCACUACCUUCAACAAGAUGCUUGACGUGGUAGGUAAAUCAAGAAACAUUGAGCUUUUCUGGGACUUAUGUCAAGAAAUAGGAAAACUUCACUUGCUUAAUAUUAAGACAUAUAUUAUUGCAUUAAGAACACUGGCUGCUGCUAGGGAGUUGAAGAAAUGUGUUGAAUUCUUCCAUUUAAUGAAUGGGUUUGGUUAUGAGUAUAGAGUUGAGGUUUUGAAUAAGUUAGUGGAGUUUUUGUGUAAAAACAAGCUUGUUGUGGAGGCCAAGCAUGUAGUUGUGAAGUUGAAAGAUUGUGUUAAACUAGAUGGAGAGACUUAUAGGUGGUUAAUAUAUGGGUUUUGUGAUGUAGGGGACUUGAUUGAGGCCUCAAAAGUAUGGAAUUUGAUGGUGGAUGAAGGGUUCGAACCGGGUAUUAAUGCCUUUGACGCCAUGUUAGAGGGUCUUUUCAAGAAUAACAGAUUCGAUGAGGGAUUGAAGCUUUUUCAAUCAAUGAGAGUGAAGAGGAUGGAAGAUUUAGGGCUAUCAACAUAUCAGGUUGUGAUCAAUUGGUUGUGUAAAAAGGGUAGGAUUGGGGAGGCUCAUAAUGUGUUUGACGAAAUGCAAAUGAGAGGUAUCAAAGCUGAUAAUGAAAUAUUGGGGUCGAUAAUUUACGGACUUGUGAGCAAAGGAAGGGUUAGGGAGGCUUUUAACAUUGUGGAAAGGAUUGAAAAGCCGGAUCUGGAUGUUUAUCAUGGGAUGAUCAAGGGGCUUUUAAGGUUGAAAAGGCCUAGUGAAGCCACACAAUUGUUUAGGGAGAUGAUAAACCGAGGGUGCGAGCCGACAAUGCAUACGUAUAUAAUGUUGUUGCAGGGCCAUUUGGGAAGGAGAGGGAGGAAAGGGGAGGAUCCAUUGGUUAAUUUUGACACCAUUUUUGUUGGAGGUUUGGUUAAGGCAGGGAAGUCAUUGGAAGCAACAAAAUAUGUGGAGAGAAUGAUGAAUAGAGGACUUGAGGUGCCAAGAUUUGAUUACAAUAGGUUUUUGCAUUAUUUUUCGAAUGAGGAAGGUGCGAUUAUGUUUGAAGUGAUGGCUGAGAAAUUGAGAGAGGUUGGUUUGUUUGAUUUAGCAGAUAUAUUUGCAAGGUACGGGGAGAAAAUGGCAACUAGAGAACGGAGGAGAAACAGAACUCUUGAGCCACAAGAGUAGUUUGUACAAACUUGAUUUAAAACGAGAUAGAGGUGUAAAUGUUGGUUGGACCAUCUCCAUUCAUAUAGUUUAUUUCUUGAUGGCUGGCCUCUACCUUCCGCCAGAAAUGGCAGCCCUACUUACACCUAUAUUUAUGGCAAGGCAAUUUAUACAUAGAAUGUCAAUUUUCUAGUUUAUUUUGAGAAGAAACGGAUAUGCAUUGGUAGGAGAUUUGAUGUAUAAACCGUGUUUAGUAUGUUGGGUUGUACAAACUUCAUUUUAUCUAGUUCACUUAGGUUGUGUUUGAA